ACAUUCUAAAGUUUCGGUGGUUGCCAUGGCGAUCGCCAUUUUGCUAGCAAUUUCUAACAAGCUCUAUUUUCCGCCAAACUCGCGGCCAUUGGCAGCCAUUAUUAUGCGCUAAUAAUUCAUUUGCGCUUCAUUUCCAGUUCCACUUCGAUUUAUUUUCAUUCCGUUCCAGCAGCAGCAGCUUAAAUACAAAAUUGUGCAUCAAAUACCGUUUUGUUUUGAAGUUUUGUAUCAAUAGUGGUAUUGGUAUCAAUCCUAACUUUGUGCGCUAAGUUUUUAUGCAUUGGAUAAUGGAAGAACGACGCAGGUGCACUACAGUGCGGCAGUUAGAAGUCAUAAUAGAAUUUUUGGAAGGCAAUCGAGACCUUGCUCUUGGCCGGGCGAGGUCCAAGGAAGCAAGGGAAGUUGCUGCCCGACUGUGGCAAGAGUGCGCCGAAGUGCUGAAUUCUUUGGGGCCUGCGAGAACAGGAAAGGAGUGGUCAAGGGUAUGGAAUGACCAAACAACAAAAGUCAGAGCAAAACUUUUCAAAAUUAAUGCGAGUCAAACAGCCACUGGAGAGGGACCUAGCAGUGCACCCACACUGACCCCUCUAGAGGAAAAAGUAGCCAACAUAAUAGGCAGACCCUUGCCUAAGGUGGCUCAAAAUCACUCCAUCGAUGAUGACAUUAUAGAAAAUGAGGAGGUGAUAGAAAUUGAAUUUGGAGAAAAUGAAAGUUCACCUUCGUCAAUUGAUCACUCAUAUUAUCAAGAUCCUUUAAAAGAGGCACCUGCGGCAGAUGAAGAUCUUAGCGAAUAUUCGCCUCAGGAAAUACCAGACUCGCCUGUGUCAGACAGGGCAAAAACGACGAGAGAGCGCCGGAAAGCAGCGCGGUCAUCAAUAGGCCCGUUCUUAGCUCGGGCAUCCACCUCAGGCCAAACGCCAGCACGGGUAUCAACCUCACGCCAAACUCCAGCACGUCAUUCUGCCAGAAAUGCUCCAGAUGAGUCGAGGCUCUCAGUAUUGAAAAUUGAGGAAAUGAGAGCCCAGGCUCAUCUGGAGAUGGCGAGAGGCUUUUCGUCGAUAGCUGAAAGCUUUAAGCUCAUCGCCGAAAGCAUGGCCAGGAUGAGUCAGCAGAAGAAAAUGAGUACUGCGGAAUGCCGCGCUUGUCUACUGCAAGUGCAGACUGGUGAGCUGCACAAUUUAUUCCACGCCUGGAACUCGUCAUGGGCAGGCAUGAAGAGUACAAUCGCCGAAGACUUGUCACUAUUAACUGAAGUACAGCUUACAGAAACGGACAAACAUUCCAAAGUCAUAUGUACAUCGUGCUGUGAAAAUUUGAUGAAGGCUUGUAAAUUUAAAUUGCUGGUGCAAGAAAAUGACAAAAUGUUAAGACAAAGGUGUCCUGAAACGGAAAAUCAAUCAACGGAUAAAGUAUGGCCACAACCGAUACAAGUAGACAAGAGCAUCACCGGCGUAUACAGUGAGCCUUUGCAAGUUGAAAUAAAGCAAGAAGUGUUGACGGAUGACGAGAAUAUGACAAAUGGAGAUGAAGGGUACAGCAAUGUUGACUGCCUUGACAUGAUUAAGAUAGAACCCGAGGAAAUUGCAGCGCCAGUCACAAACGCACCAUCAUCGUUCCGUGUAACAGACAUGAAUGGACAAGAAUGUCUGGAAGAAGAGUUCCUCCAAAGCGUGAAAGAUGAGCCCCUGAGCGAGCCCGAAGACGCCGAGUCGGCUGCCGACCUGCCGAUGGACUGCCUGCUCUGCGCCCGAUCCUUCAACAGCGUCUCGGGACUUAAGGCUCACGUGAUAGCGCAGCACUCAUAUCAAACUGUAGAGAGGCGAGCGGGAGACGCCUCGCCGCACCAGACACAGAACAACAGAUACGUCUGCGUGACGUGUCGGAGAACGUUCGUCACAUCUACGGAUCUAAUGGUGCACGAGACGUGCCACAACAAGCACAUUUGCUACGGCUGCAGCGAGCAGUUCGACUCCUUCGAGCAGCUGGCCAACCAUCGCCGCCGCUGCAAAGCGCUGUCCGGCCAGGGCGUGACGCGGCUGAAAACGCUGGAGGACGUCAAAAGGCCACAAGAAAACACUCUAGUGACUGAACUAAAAAUAGAAAUCAAUAGCGUAACCACGUUAGCAGAAAACGCAGAAACAUUAACAUGCCCACAAUGCAACGAAGAGUUCAGCGACCCAUACUACAUGAAGAUACACCAAGAGGUUCACCAUGUGAAGCAAGAGGUCAUGGAAAUAAAUAACGGCUCUGCCCCCAUGGAAAUAGAGGCGUUGGAAAGUAUAUUCAAUGAGGAAACGUAGCGUUGGGCUGUAUGAUCCCUGUGUGGUUUAUGUUUAUGAUUUUUGUGCUGAUUAUGUUCGGCCGAACCAACGCGUGUAGCCUGCUUGUGAGGCGAUCAGACGUCGUGUAUGAAUUUGUAGCAAUGAGUUCAAACGUGUCCUGUCUACACGCGACGUUCGGCGAUCAGUGGGUCUAGACAAAGUGCACAAUAAAAUCGCAAACCAGUCGAAAAGGCCAGAGGCCUUGCUUUGUAUGGAGUUUUGAUGGAUUCGAUUUUCGAUUCGAUCAAAAAGAACAACUUUGGGUCUAGACAAAGUGCACAUUUUAAUCGCAAACCAGUCGAAAAGUGGUCGAAAAGCCUUUUUUUUUGUAUGGAGUUUUGACGGAUUCGAUUUUCGAUUCGAUCAAAAAGUGCACUGUCUAAGAGGCCUUGCUUUGUAUGGAGUUUUGAUGGAUUCGAUCAAAAAGUACAACUUGUCUAACUUAUUAUUUUGACGUUUCUGAUUUUAAAAUGGCGGAAAAUUUUCAUGGGAAAUGUCUGAAACGCGAACGCAGAAGUGUGAAAUACUUUUGCACGCGCAGCGAUCGCCAUCGCGCACUCAGGCUGAACGCGUUGGUUUGGCCGAAGCUUUAUUAUGGAGUUAAGGUCUUUAUGACCUUAGAAGCCAAAAAUAGACUUUUAGAAAGUGAAAGUGGUAAAUUUUUAUGAAUUUCAUCGAUAAGCAAUUGAAUACGUGGUUUAUUAAAAAUUAUAAAAGUACUUAUAAGUUAGGUAAUCGAAUAGAAUGAAUUUUUAAAUGGCUUCGUGGUUACAUGUAAGAUUUUUAAGGUUGUAUUUAUUAGAAAAACAUGAUAGAUGGGCGAUUUGAAGAAAUCCGGAAAAAUUCAUCACACAGUAGAUUUUUUGUUUUUAUGAAAAAUUGCAAUCCGAUAAUGUAAAAUAGUAGUAAAAUCGGUUUCUACAAGGAAUACCUAGCCGAUUUGUAAGAAUAGCCACAAUACAAAAUGUAUGAAUUAACUAUUCGUCCGGAACAUAACUGGCAGGCAAGGGCGGCUCUUACAGUCUGAAACCAGGACCCCGAUUGCGCUAAUUUGUAAUUUCUCCAAUUCAUUUGCGUUUCAUCUCUAGUCCACACUCUAAUAACGCUCCAUUUUUAUUCCAGCUGAUGGUCAAUUCGGUAUUGCGGUGAAGUUCACGUGCAAACAAAGACGAAACAACGGAUUUAAGCACUUUCCAUUAAAAGUCCGAACACUUUUUCACUAAAACAGCGAAUGUUCGUGAAGCGUUUGACUUGCGUAUGAUAUAAAGUACAUAGCUUUCUGUCAGCUUUUAAACUAAGACGCAGUAUCGGUCCGUUUACGUUACAACUUCGUUUGAACUAGCUAUUAAAGCGACACCGCGAUAUGAAUUUGUGCAAACAGCUGAUUUUCGUUCGUUGUCCAGUUGCAUUGCAAUUUAGCGCAAUCGGGGCGCAGGACUGAUACUAGAUACAAACACAAACGCAAUAGAAGAAAUGGUGCUACGAUGUUGUUGCCUGUAGAUUUUACGGCUUAUUCCCACUACUUGUACCAUGAAUUACCUACUAGUAUUUAUAGUGACAAUUUUAGUAGAAAUAAAAAGAAAUUUUAUUGGCGAAUUCUAUCAUCAUAACCAAAUCUCAUUCCAGAGUGACAAAAUUGGAUGAUAAAUUAAGAAAAGUCACAGCAUACUUAGUAGGUAAUAAUAUGGUAUGAUUAGUAUUUAUAAGCCGAGUUUUCAAUAGAAGUUACGUACAUGUAUAAUAAUAGGCCCGUAUUAUAAGAUGAUGCUCAAUAUUCGACCAAACGAGCAUCGUAUCAAGCAUGUGAUUUCAAUAUCGAUAACUUCAAGCUAGUCUCUUAAAUUGAGUAUUGAGCGUCAUUUUAAAAUACAAAUCUUGGGAUUGAGAUUUUUGGCUUGAGCGUGCUUAUUUUCUGAUCGAGUACGAACUUUUCAUAUUAACCUUUUCAGCGCCACGGUCUUCUAUAGAAGACAAACGUUUCCGUGCCAUGUCUAUAUAAAAAUAAGUCGGGUUUUCCUUCCUGACGCUAUAACUCGAGAACGCACGAACCGAUUUCCACGGUUUUGCAUUCGUUGGAAAGGUCUCGGGCUCCGUGAGGUUUACUAAAAACCGAAAAAUUCCACGGGGGCGAAGCCGCGGGCGGAAAGCUAGUCUUCUAUAAAAGACAUUUUUUUUUAAAUUAUUUUAUGCGUAUUUUUACGAUUGCCUACAACCCUAAACUGACAUUUAUAAUUAAAAAUAGGGGUCUUUGUUUAUUUUCAAAACAGUAAAUAAAAACUUACUGUUCCAGGCGCCAUAGCUUGGCGCUGGGGACACCGAUUUUGAUAUGGGUUGCGAGGUUAAAUUUUUCCUUGAGUAGAAUGACCACGCUCAAGCUAAAAAUGACAUAGUUGUUAUCCAAUUCAAUCAUGUUAUCACUGCUAUUACAAUAUGACACCAAUAUUUAUAAGUAGAUAUGUAUUUUUUCAUCCCAAUGUAGUCGACAGCAUAAUCAGAAUAUACACCUAUUUUUAUAGCAAAAUAGUACGGCUUACAACCACGUAAGUGCCAGUUUAGCUUGAAUCCGUACUUUGACUAAUUAGAAAAUUGUACAUCAAAAUAAGGCUUGUGUUGAACAAAUAUGUUCGUUGUAUAUUGCAGACUUCCUUGUAAAUAUCUUAACUUUUUUAGGUAAAUAUUGAAACUAUUGUGAUCUAUGUAAAAAGUCUAGUGCGAGAUUAUUAAACUGUUGCCUAAUGCAAAUGGUAUUUGUUUUGUA